CCUAAAGCUUGGUCAGAGUGCAGGGAGUGAUUCUGUACUCUCCAGUCUUGCUGAGUCUGCUCUGCCCUACCCGACCAGGUCCUCGCACCAUGCCCCACUGCAGCCUCUGAGGAGGACAUCCCGGACCAAAACAAGCUGGACGGAGUUCAGGAGUCCGUCUGCAAUUUAAUCCCCUUUUGGACCUACAGGGUUUGGAUCUGAGUUUGGUAUCUGCUUAGCAGUUCUGAUCAGCCGGAGCCUGAGGCUGGCGAUUCUGAGACCUCAAGUGAGGUAGACUCCGAGCCUGACAGAUCUAAGGUCCUAGGGAUCUCUGAAAGUGCCCAGAUUCUGUUCAGCAGCCAGUGAUGACCGGCCGAAGACGGGCCCUGGGCCUGACGUUCUUCCUGCUCGCUGGCACAUGUCUCUGGGUCCUAUGCAAAUAUGUCAAGGACUGGCUGCUGGUCUCCUAUGUGCCCUAUUACCUCCCCUGCCCAGAGUUCUUCAACAUGAAGCUGCCCUUCAGGCAGGAGAAAUUGUUCCAGCCUGUGGCACAGUUACAGUACCCUCAGCCUAAGCUGCUGGAGCGCGGACCCACAGAGCUGCUGACACUCACCCCCUGGUUGGCACCCAUCAUCUCCGAGGGAACCUUCCACCCGGAGCUUCUGAAGAAUAUGUACCAGCCAAUGAACCUGACCAUUGGAGUCACCGUGUUUGCCGUGGGGAAGUACACCUGCUUCAUUCAGCCCUUCCUGGAGUCAGCUGAAAAGUUCUUUAUGCGUGGGUAUCAAGUAUACUAUUACCUCUUUACCAAUGAUCCUGCAGCCGUUCCCAGAGUUCCCCUGGGCCCUGGUCGGCUCCUCAGCACCAUCCCUAUUCAGCGUUAUUCCCAGUGGGAGGAGAUCUCUAUGCGCAGAAUGGAGACCAUCAACAAACACAUUGCCAAGAGGGCCCACGAAGAAGUGGAUUACCUCUUCUGUGUCGAUGUGGAUAUGGUCUUCCGUAACCCCUGGGGCCCUGAGACCUUGGGGGAUCUAGUGGCUGCCAUUCACCCAGGCUACUUUGCUGUACCUCGCCAGCAAUUCCCUUAUGAACGCAGGCAAGUUUCCUCUGCCUUUGUGGCCGACAAUGAGGGGGACUUCUAUUACAGUGGGGCACUCUUUGGGGGACGGGUGGCCAGGGUGUAUGAGUUUACCCGGGCCUGCCACAUGGCCAUCCUGGCAGACAAAGCCAAUAGCAUUAUGGCAGUCUGGCAAGAGGAGAGCCACCUGAACCACUACUUCCUCUGGCACAAACCAUCGAAGUUGCUGUCCCCAGAGUACCUCUGGGAUGACAGGAAGCCUCAGCCCCAAAGCCUGAAGGUGAUCCGAUUCUCCUCAGUGGAAAAAGAUAACAACUGGCUGAGGAGCUAACAACCACGCUAAGACCCACCCGGAGCCCUGUCAAAGCCCACCCCAUGCCAGGCCCUGUUUACCCCUUGCAUACCUCAGUAUAUCAAGGGAGUCCAACCAGGAAAAUGGAUACAGAGACAGUGUAAACUAUGAGAUGUUGUGUACCCACAGUCAUAGAGCAGUCCAGCACAUGAUUGGUUGGACAAGAGGAAGGCAUCAAAAAAGACCAGGCCUUUCAGGCCUCCCUUACCUACCAUACCAAGGGAUGGAUGUGCCUUCUUGAGGCAGGCUGGGGAAUCCAGCUCUGCUCAAAGUACCUGGGGGCUGCUUCCCCUGAUUGUUAGUUAAAUAUGUUUUUAGUUUUGUUUUAAUCUGCCAUGGUGGAGAUCCAACCUGGGAAAUGCACAUUGAAGGGAAAUCCUCUGGCUCUGAGCUGGCCACAGCCCUGCCUGCUGCCUUGAAGCUUCAUGCUAAUGUCCUCAUCCCAAGUACAAUGCUGCUCUUCACUCUGAAUUCCUGAGCUAGCUCUGAAAAGGACCAGGCUUGGCUUCCCUCUGGUCCCCUGCAUGGUGAGCCACCCUCCCACGCACUGGAUGUCUACUUUGUUACAUGGUUUGAGGUAGCUUUCAAUAAAGAUGGUGUAUACUAAA